GAGAAGUUUUUCAAAUUUUCAAAUUACGAUUUUCUUCUGGGGCUUUGAUAUUUUUGAGAGAAUUAUUUACGUUCGGAGGGAAUGGUGUGAGGCAGCGAUGGGGGUGAAUAAUUAUUUAUUUGUGGUGGUAAUAACUGUUUUGAGUGUUGCCAAUGGUGACGAUGCACUUGAGUACGUGAAAAAUCACCGGAGUGAUCGUCCAAUAAAUAAAGAAGACAUCCUACAACCGGAGUGUCAGAUAUCCGCGACAUUGCAGCCAGGAAAUGUAUCGAAAUUUUAUUACCUGAGUCAUCGAGACGGGGAGCCCCUGACGAUAUUGGUGACCCCGUGCUCGGGUCCAGUGUCCUGGACAGUGACAUCCGUCAAACCACCGGAGGACAAUCGUCAUCAGGGGGACGAAACUGGUUCACUUUCACGAUGGCCAGUUAAUCAACUUAUUCCUGGAUCAUCACCGUUAUUCAGUUACGAUGGUGAUGAGGCACAAAACUUUACGAUUCCAUGUGUACAAGCUGGCUUGUACCGUCUCGAGAUAAAAACACCGGUUGAUAGUAACAAGAUGGUGGUUAUACCAAAGAAGGUGCUUCUUUAUGCUACAUCGAGUGCACUCGAUCAUCUGCCAAUAUCUUAUGAGAAUACGAGAGGAAAGAGACACAGGUCAUUGAGAUUUCAGCCGAGGAGAAGUCGAAGAAGACUCACUGUUUCCUGGAGCAAGAGUCAUGUGGAUCCACACCUGUCAACGUACUGUCUGGCGGUGACAUCAGGCACUUCAAGACAUCCACCCACUCUUUGCGCAGCUAAAAAUCUAUUGGAGAGUCACUCACACCCGGGACGUGGGGCAUCCUCCAAGGAGCACGUCCACAAAGGCAAUCCCACCGGUCUCCACUGCAUCCACCAGACCCGGAUAACUCUUCAUGGACUUGUUUACGAUAACACCUACAAUUUCACCCUUUAUGUUGUGAAUACGAGGAAUAAUUUAUCGACCCGAGUUGCUGCAGAAUCUAUGAAAUACAGAAAAACAAGAGCACAAGUGCUUCCCACUGGCCGAUACGUAACAGCGAAUUUGCAGAAAAAUUAUGGAAUUAUUAAUUUUCAGUAUGAACCGCAUUAUAAUGGCUCAACUGAGUUUCAUGUGUUGCCUUGUGGAGGUGGGGUUGUCCGGGCGAAGCUCAGGGGACCUGGCAUCGUCACCAGAAAGAAAGAAGUCAAGACGCAUGAGUUACUCGAGGCACCGCUGCAGCCGGGGAAAAAAUAUACUUUGAGGAUAUCGGCGACACCCCAGGAGCUCGGUAAAGACCUCUCGGUGACGGUCCUGGCGACACAGGCUGGCAUCGUUGAAUAUCCAGAGGUACCCUCCAAGGAACCCCCACGGGAGUUCAGCAACCUGAAGAACUGCAACGAAGUGACGAUCGGCGUCGACCCCGUCGGCACCGCGGAAUACUGCGUCCUAGCCCGCGAAUUGCGCGGCAUUACCCCGAUGAAACUCGCCGCAAUACCAACAAUUCCAGAUCAAUGUAGUCUACACAGACGUCGGAGGUCCGAGUACACAUUUGAUCGUUGCGUUAAUCGAACAGAUCCACCAGGAAACAAAGCGCAAAUAUUUAAAAUAACUAAACUACUUCCGGGUAAAUGGUACCAAGUGCAAAUCACCGCACAAAUUCACGGACAAUCGCUGUCCUAUCCUCUCAUCAAAGUUCGCACGAGGAGAACUUGUCUCCCUUGACCUUGAGAAAUAAUAAUUACAUCGAUUAAAGAUAAAAAGCAGAAAAAUUUAAUUUUCGUCAAAAAAAAUGUGUAUUCUGAAUAAUCAGGAUUAUCUCAUUGAAAGACAAUUAAACAUUCGAAACAAAAAACCUUGAAUAAAUUUCAAGUAUUGAAAAAAAUAUUUUUUUUUAAUAAUUACC